AUGUUACUAAUCAUUUUUCUGGUUACAAAUGUUCUCGCUCACGAGUUGGAUAAUUUACAGUGGCAGCAUCAUGGAAAUUAUUUGAGGAAUAUCGAGUCGAACAAUUUGGCAGAAGAUCCGAGACAAAAUUUUAAUUACGAUCAUAAUAAUAAUGGAAAUAAUUUUUAUGGUGGCCAAGUAAAUAAUGAGUUUAAUGAUCAGUCCCCGCGGCAAUCGAACCCAGGUAAUUGGAAUUUUAAUCAUAACUAUCAGUCACAAGGACCAGUAACAGUAAAUGAACAUGUUGAAAUAACGAAACCGCUCGCGCUCCCAGUUUUCAAAUAUAUCGGGGUACCGUAUCAACAGCCCGUGGAGAUACCGGUGCCUCAUACAGUUGCAGUCAGAGUGCCGCAGCCGUAUCCUGUGCACGUGCCAGUAAUGCAGCCGGUCGGGUAUCCCGUGAUGAAAACAAUUUUCGUUCCGGUUGAAAAGAAGGUUCCGUAUGAAGUGGAGCGCAUUGUUCCGGUUCCAGUGGAACAGCCAGUGCCGAUAGCCAUCGAAAAGCCGAUUCCUGUUCCGGUCGAGGCACCUUAUCCGAUACAUAUCCCGAUUUACAAAAAUAUUUACCAUAGGAAAAUAAAAGGCCGCAGUUCGCGCGGUCGUGAAAGACGUUACAAAGGCUAA